AUGACCGUCAACGACAAGCCCUGCUACGGCGCCGGCGACGCAGGCGGCGUGCAGAAACAGGCCUGCAAGGUGGAGGCGUUCGAGGAGCACGACGAAGCGUACAACGGCGGCGUGGCCGUGCAGAAGCACUCCUUCAAGGAGGAGGAGGAGGAGAAGUACGGAGCUGCUGCCGUGAAAAAGCACGACGAGUACAAGGAGGAGAAGUACGGCGAAGUAAUCGACGCGGAGUACGGUGCCCACUACGGCGGUGGCGCCGCCGCCGUGAAGAAGCAGGGCUAUGGCUACAAGCAGGAGGCGUACGGGGAGACCGAGGCUGCUGCAGGGUACGGCGGCGCCCACUACGGCGGUGGCGCCGGCGGGAAGAAGCAAGGCUACAGCUACAAGCAGGAGGCGUACGGGGAGACCGAGGCUGCUGCAGGGUACGGCGGCGCCACUACGGCGCCGGCGCCGGCGGGAAGAAGCAAGGCUACAGCUACACGCAGGAGGCGUGCGGGGAGAGCGACGCCGGCUACGGCGCGCACCACGGUGGUGCCGGUGCCGCCGUGCAGACCCGCCGCCGGUGGCAAAGUGAAGAAGAACGGCUACCAGUACCAGGAGGCGUACGGCGGAACUGACGUAGGAGGAUACGGCGCUCACUACGGCGGUGGUGGCGCCGUGCAGCAGUACGGCUACCAGAAAGAUGCGUACGGGUACGGCGGAGCCACCGCCGGUGGCAAAGUGAAGAAGACCGGCUACCAGUACCAGGAUUCGUACGGCGGAACUGGCGCUGGAGGAUACGGCGCUCACUACGGUGGUGGCGCCGCUGCCGUUCAGAAGCACGGCUACAUGCAGGACGUGAAAGAUAGCGAGACUGAGAGCGAGAGCGACGAGAGUGACUGCGAGGAGGCGUUCCCGCCGCGCGGCGGCGUGCAGCACAGCUACGGGGCGUACAAGCAGGAGAAGCACGAGGCUGGCAACCUCGGGGGCGUGCGCCGCUACGAGUCGUACGAGACCCGCGAGGACGGCGGGCGCCGCUAUGAGUCGUACCAGAGCACCGUCCAGUACACCGGCGGCGGCGGCGGCGGCUACGCUACGUGCUCCCCGAUCAAGAACCGCCACCUCCUUCGCUACGGCGCGUAA